AUGAAAGACCGAGAAAUGAUUUAUUUAUCAGUCGUUGCUCUGGUUGUUUCAUUAUGUGUGGUGCCAUUAACAGCAGAAGUGUCCUACACAUCAAACUUUCAGAAACACCGUGCACUUAAAAUGGACGAGGCUUUGCUGACUGUAAACAAUGAACUCACCACUGAUGUAGUAGUAACAUGGUCUUCUCAAGAAUGUUACCAGUGUCUUUAUCAGAAUCUUGGAGUGGUGAAAGCAGCACCGAGUCCUGGCCGACCUACUUCAUCCGAAUUUAUUGUGAAUACACAGCAUAGACUCUUAAUGAUGGUUAAUGGGACUUCAGCCAAGCAGCUUUGCAACAUGAUCGCAUUUCACUUUGGAGAGCACGGAAAUUACUCUCUUUGGAUAAAAAAUUUGAACAACAGCUCUGUAGCUGACUGUUCCAUAGUGACGGAUACAGGACCAGUGAACAGUUUCAUACCACUUAUCAUAGCCUUUGUUGUCCUUGCUGGAGUGGCAUUAAUUUUUGCUGUUGGAAAAACGGUGUUGGGGCUUGAGACAAUGAGAAGAGUUUUCUUUCAACUGACUGGUUCUAUGGAAACAGAGAGGUUGAUAAACUCUGAACUUGGAUCUCCUGGGCGAACGGUUACUACAGUCGCUGACAAUAUAUUGCCUCCUCCUCCAAGCCCCAGCAAAAGACUUCGAUCACUCGAUACUUUCAGAGGUUUGUCUUUAGUCAUUAUGGUCUUUGUGAACUAUGGAGGUGGGAGAUACUGGUUCUUUAGACAUUCAAGCUGGAAUGGUCUUACUGUUGCGGACCUAGUCUUUCCUUGGUUUGUUUUUAUAAUGGGGACUUCUAUUGCUCUGUCAAUCAACAUGCUGCUGCGAUCAGGCUCCACUCGUUCCUCUCUGCUGAAGAAGGUGCUGGGGAGAACUGUGUUACUGUUUGUUAUUGGAGUCAUCAUCAUCAACCCAAAUUACUGCAAAGGACCCUUGUCCUGGGACAACUUAAGAAUUCCUGGGGUGCUGCAGCGUCUGGCCUGGUCGUAUCUGGUGGAUACUUGGUGGUCCCCUGUUCUCGACAUCUUACUUUACUGGCCAUCCUGGUUAUGCGUGAUCCUCUUAGAAGUGGCAUGGCUUUGUUUGACGUUUCUACUUCCUGUACCUGACUGUCCCACUGGUUAUCUGGGUCCUGGAGGAAUAGGGGACAUGGGUCUAUAUCCUAACUGUACUGGAGGAGCUGCUGGAUAUAUUGACCGCUGGCUCCUGGGGGAGAAACACAUCUUUCAGACACCUUCUUCUCGGGUUAUAUAUGCAACACAGACGCCAUUUGAUCCAGAAGGUGUUUUGGGAAGCAUUAACUCAAUUGUAAUGGCUUUUCUGGGAUUACAGGCAGGCAAGAUAAUCCUUCACUACAGGGAUCUUCAUACGAGCAUAUUGUCAAGGUUUCUCAUUUGGGGUCUUUUCUUGGGAAUUCUAUCAGCAAUCCUAACAAGAUGCUCCAAAGACCAGGGAUUUAUUCCUGUCAAUAAGAAUUUGUGGUCCCUGUCCUAUGUGACCACUUUGGCUUGUUUUGCUUUCGUGCUCCUAGUGCUCAUUUAUUACAUUGUAGAUGUAAGAAAGUGGUGGUCUGGUGCACCUUUCUACUACCCAGGUAUGAACUCCAUGCUUGUGUAUGUGGGUCAUGAGAUCUCGCGUGGCUUUGUAACUUUCCCACGCCUGUUGUUUUGGCGUCUGCCCUGUGCCAUUCCUCCCCCACACCUCCCCCAUGUGCACCUCCCCCAUGGAUCUGCCUCCCCCCUCUCCACGGCCCUUUCUCCCGCAGAGCCGCUGGGCCUGGAGCGGGGGGCGGGGUGGGAUCUCGCGAUUGUUGAACUUUUCUGGGGGAAGUUUGGUGAGAGACCUCAGCCUCAGCGUUUGACAAGGGAGGCCAUGAGAAAUUACUUGAAAGAAAAAGAUGACCAAACAUUGCUAAUUUUGCAUGCAAAAGUUGCCCAAAAGUCUUAUGGCAAUGAGAAAAGGUUCUUCUGCCCUCCACCAUGUGUUUAUCUGUUGGGAAGUGGCUGGCAGAAGAAGCAGGAGAAAAUGGAGAAGGAAGGGUGCACGGAGCAGGAGGCCCAGCCCUGUGCCUUUAUUGGAAUAGGGAACAGUGAGCAGGAAAUGCAACAACUCAACCUGGAAGGAAAACACUUCUGUACUGCAAAAACACUGUAUAUCAGUGACUCGGAUAAACGCAAACACUUCAUGCUCUCUGUGAAGAUGUUGUAUGGCAACAGCGCUAACAUAGGAGUCUUCCUGAGCAAGAGGAUAAAGGUCAUCUCCAAACCAUCCAAAAAGAAACAGUCCCUCAAAAACGCAGACUUAUGUAUUGCGUCUGGAACAAAAGUGGCACUGUUUAAUCGCUUGCGCUCUCAGACGGUCAGCACCAGAUACCUGCAUGUGGACGGAGGAAACUUCCACGCAAGUUCGCAGCAGUGGGGGGCCUUCUUUAUUCACCUCUUGGAUGACGAGGAGUCUGAAGGGGAGGAGUUUGCAGUGAGGGACGGAUACGUUCACUAUGGACAAACGGUCAAACUCGUCUGCUCUGUCACGGGCAUGGCUCUCCCUAGACUGAUCAUCCGAAAAGUGGACAAGCAGAAUGCGUUGUUAGAUGCUGAUGACCCCGUGUCGCAACUCCACAAAUGUGCCUUCUACCUCAAAGACACUGAAAGGAUGUAUCUCUGCCUCUCACAAGAACGAAUCAUUCAAUUUCAGGCUGCACCGUGUUCCAAAGAGGCGAACAAAGAGGUCAUUAACGAUGGGGCUUCUUGGACGAUUAUUAGCACAGACAAAGCAGAGUACACUUUCUUUGAAGGCAUGGGUCCUGUUCCCAAUCCCGUCACCCCUGUCCCUGUGGUAGAGAGCCUUCAGUUAAAUGGUGGUGGGGAUGUAGCAAUGUUGGAGCUCACAGGACAGAAUUUUAGCCCUAACCUCAGAGUGUGGUUUGGAGAUGUGGAGGCUGAUACUAUGUACAGGUGUGGUGAGAGUGUCCUGUGUGUGGUCCCGGACAUCUCAGCCUUCAGAGAGGGCUGGCGAUGGGUGCGACAGCCGGUGCAGGUCCCCGUCACUCUGGUCCGAAACGAUGGCAUCAUCUACUCGACCGCCCUCACCUUCACAUACACCCCUGAGCCGGGCCCUCGGCCGCACUGCGGGGCAGCUGGAGCCAUUAUCCGAUCUCAAAGCACUUCUUCAUCAUCACCCGCCUCCUCCUCCUCCCCUUCCUCUCUGGGCGGUCUGGGGGAAAGCCAGGGGGCAUACAGUGGCAGUGACUCUGGCAUGUCUUCUGGAGGUUCAACCAUGUCACUAUCCUCAUAG